AGUGUUACAGAACUUGUUUGUUACUAACGUUGCUGGAAAUAAUCCCAGCUUUGUCAAUUGUAUUGCAUUCCAUCUAUACGAUGUGCUUUGUUUCGCCAUGUCUUCUACAGACGACAUCAACGCGGAGGAUAUAGAUUAUGCAUCUUAAAACGGAGCCAGUAACCCGUGCGCUGGGUUGUUUAUGUUGUACUUAUAAAUCCAACAUCGAGGUUGCAUGAUUGGCAUGUGUUUGGAGUCAUGCAUCAAGCCACAAGGACCAAGAAACCCGACGUGAAAGUCGUCAUUCUGGGGGACAUGAACGUGGGAAAAACGUCUCUUCUUCACAGAUACACGGAAAGGAAGUUUAAGGACACUAUAAGCACGGUUGGAGGGGCGUUCUUCUUAAAACAGUGGGGGCCCUACAACAUAUCCAUAUGGGACACUGCAGGUCGGGAGCAGUUUCACGGCCUUGGCUCCAUGUACUGCCGUGGAGCGGCUGCAGUCAUACUCACAUAUGACGUUACGAACUGGCAGAGCCUGACUGAGCUGGAAAGCCGAUUCCUGUCCCUGACCGACACCGCCAACGCCGACUGCAUUUUUGCCAUCGUGGGUAACAAAGCGGACCUGACCGAUGCUCACGUAGAUGUGGACGGCGAACGAGGAGAAGAAUCCCAACCCGUCGUCACGUGUCCAACUCCUCCCACGACUCCUCUCAUGCAUAAGCAGGUCAGCAGAGAAGACGCAGUCGCUCUUUAUGGCCGUGUGCUGUGCUAUAAGGGUCUGGAUGAGAAGGAGUGCCUGCCCGCUGAGAGGAUGUGUUUUGAGACAAGCGCUAAAACAGGUUACAAUGUGGACGCUUUGUUUGAAACACUCUUUGAUCUGCUACUGCCCUCCAUCUUGAAGAAAAGGAGUGAGGGGGAGAGCUCCACGGUAGAUCUGGAGACCCCACUGGAGAUUAAAAGGACUAAAGCAGGAUGUUGUGCCUAGAGCAUUGGAUCAUGGGAUUGAUUGUUCUUUAUUGCCAAAGAAGGAAUGGGAUGAAAAAUAAAAAUCAUACUGCCACAUAUACUAGAGUGCGUUUUAGCUGCUACUAUAUAUAUUUCAGCACAUUGUGUUUUUUUUUCUAUAUAGAAAUUGUGAAAGCACUUGGUGACCAUACAUAAUAGGUACAUACGGUUUUUUUUUUCAGUUUUAAUUUUAAGUUGUAAUUUUGAUUAUGAUUUAUUAUGAUUUUUUUAUGUGAUUAAUUCGGAAUCGUCAUGAUAUUGUUUUGCUUUUACAUUAAAAUUAUAUUCUGGACUGCAUUAUAUGAUUUUUUUUUGCCUGUUUUUCAUUACAGAAUCUAAUCUGAGAAUAAGAUUUCUGAAAGGAAGUUUGAAAUAAAUGUGUGGUUGUAUGAGAAAGCUUUCUGUUGCAUGAUUAAAACCAGGGUCAUGGCACAUUCAAUAUGACUCUUACAUCCCUAUUUUCAUGUGUAGUGUGUAUACUAUUUUCAAAAAGCAAUUUCUUGAGAAUGAUCUUUUUCAUCUUUAUACACACUGUAAUGAAUUGUACAUAUGUUGUUAUUAAAGACAACUCAAAUAUAAUUUUUUCGGUGACUUUC